AUGGUCAAGAAUAUUGUGGUCCUCUCAGGCAAUUCACACCCGCACCUUACGGAGCAUGUCUGCAGCCUUUUGGGAAUCGCUCCCGGCGACCGGAUCCUGAGCAAGUUUUCUGGCGGCGAGAGCAGGUGCGAGAUCAAGGACUCGGUGCGCGGCAAAGACGUCUUCAUCCUCCAGACGGGUGGCGGCGCUGUAAAUGACCAUAUUAUGGAGCUGUGUAUCAUGAUAUCAGCCUGCAAGACAGGUUCUGCGAGAAGGGUCACUGCAGUAAUGCCCUUGUUCCCAUACUCCCGUCAGCCCGAUCUGCCCUACCGCAAGGCGGGCGCUCCCCUGUCCAAGCACGCGGCCUCGGAUGCGCCCAAGGACAACAAAUACACCUUUGAGAGUGUGCCCACGACCCCUGGCCCAGGUACUCACAGGAGUGCCGGCUUUGGUCACGGCUCAGACCUCAACAAGUUCCUCAGCAAGGUGUCGAUUUCAGCAUCGCACGAGCCGCGAGGACCACGAUCCCACUCAAACUCUGUCACAUCGCAGCCAGGGUCCUAUACAAAGAUCGACUAUGAUAGUAACGUCUCGGAUGCAGCACUCGUCUCGCUGGAGGCCAAACCUGGCUAUAAGCGCUGGGUUGCCCAGGCUGGUACCCUCAUCGCUGAGCUUCUGACCUGUGCAGGAGCUGACCAUGUUAUCGCGUUGGAUCUCCACGAUGCGCAGUAUCAGGGGUUCUUUGACAUUGCCAUGGACAACCUAUACGCCCGACCUCUACUCACGCGUUAUAUUCAGCGUAGCAUUCCGGACUACAAGGAUGCCAUAAUUGUGAGCCCUGAUGCUGGGGGCGCGAAGCGUGCUACCGCCAUUGCCGACAGUCUCGGUUUGGACUUUGCUCUCAUCCACAAGGAACGACGGCCAACCAAAAUCACUGAUCGCCAGAACGCAACCAUGAUGCUUGUUGGCUCGGUUGCUGGUCGUGUAUGCAUAUUGGUGGAUGACCUGGCGGAUACAUCCAAUACCAUUACGCGUGCAGCCAAACUGGUGCGGCGCGAGGGCGCCACGGCUGUUUAUGCCCUGCUUUCACAUGGGGUCUUCAGCGGCGACGCGCUGCAGCGUAUCAAUGCAUCGGCUCUCGACAAGGUCGUCGUGACCAAUUCCGUGCCUCAGGAAGAUCACAAGGCUUUGUGUCCCAAGCUCGAGGUCCUCGACAUAGCGCCGAUGUUCGCUGAAGCCAUCCGGCGCGUCCAUCAUGGUGAAAGCCUCAGCAGUUUGUUCCACUUUGGCUAG